UCACUUCCGCUGGAAACUGCAUCGUUUCUUCAACAGAUUUUACUCCUUGCAUUUUAUAUUGAGACUUUUGAAAACUACACUGUCUUAACAAAGAAGAAGAACAUCUCGGCGAUUGUGCAGACUACAUUCGGUGCUGGGUUGUUUUCCAUCUUGCCUCAUUAUUGGCUUUGUAGCCAACGUGGCUCCAAGAAACUCUGCUGGGUUCCUCCUCUCCCUACCCACAUCACCCACUUGUACCUGGAAUUGAACCGCAUCAGUGAGAUCAACUCCACCUCCCUGUCUGCCCUGGAGGAUUUGCAGGAGCUGGACCUUGGAGGACAGCAUGUCCGUCUUGUGAUCAGGAACAACGCCUUCAGUGGGCAAAGACCCCUGAGGAAGCUGAUUCUCGACAUCACGGAUUAGCAGUGGUGAAAGAAGUACUCAGAUUCUUGCCAAUGGGUUGCACUGUACCAGCACCGUCCCAUCGCUGAUUAGAGGAUGUCCACCUAGCAUGCAGACAUGCAGUGUGCCAGACAUGUUGGAGCAAGUUGUAGCUAAGCUAAAUCAUGUCUUACAAGGAAAGGAAGACAUAGAAGACCCAGAGGAACAGUAGAUCACUACAGAGAGACAGGAGGGACGCCUGCAGUCUGAAGGACUACAAAAAAAGAUGGAUGCAAACAAAGUAUGGCAGUGGCGCAUUAUGCAUGUAAAGAAAUUUUCGAGACAUCCAGAACCAUUCUAUCACAGCAAUAGAAUAGGAUUAAAUUUUAAUGUAGCAUCCAAGACACAGAAAAAAAAAGAAUUACAAUUAUUGACAAAUGGUGUCAUGCUUGAGAUCUGUGACUUUGCUAAAACAAUGAACAAGAAUAAAAUGCAUUUUAUCACAAACAUUUUGGAGAACAAUUUCGAUCUUGGAUUGGAAAAUGAGCAACAGCGUGUUUAUUUUACCAAUCAAAUUAAAAUCAAAGUCAAAGACCGGAAGAGGUUAUCUCUGCAAGAUAAAAAUGAAGUUUUUACUCUCUUUGACAUAUCAUCUAAGCCAGAAUGCAACAGCAAUAUGGCAUCUACAGAGCGUAAGACAGAAAGUUUCCUGGUGGAAAUUGAUGAUACUGAUGAUAGUGACUAUGAAGAUACAUUCAAGUGUUCACAAGCAACAUCCAAAGAAUACAUGAAGACCGAAAUUCUUUCAGAGGAGAUAAAUGGAGCACAUGGUGAUGACAGUGAACAUGAGGAUGAAUUAAAGUAUUCAGGAGCACCGUCAGCAGAAGAACUGAAAGAGGAUGUUCUUCCCUCUUUGUUCCCUUCUUGUGAAGAAAUUGGUCUGAACCUAGACAUUGGGUCAAAACAAAGUCUAGAUCUAGGUUUGUUGACCAAUGGUGUGAUGUUAGAACUACUGCAGGUCACUAAAAUACUGGCUGCAUCCUUCAGCCGUAUUGUUUUGGAUGUGUUGGGGCACAACUUUAAACUUGAUCUCGAAAGUCCACAGGAGAAAACUCGAGUUUUGUCCAAGAUAUUGUACAUUCUGAACAGAAGAAAGCAACUUAUGAUCUUCGGCAAAGUAAGCCCAGAGUUUGAAAAUAAGCCGUUUUCAUUACAGAAAACACCCUUCAAAAGAAACAGAGGGUCAGCACUGUCCAAUAUGGAAGCCCUGCCGUAUCAGUUUAAGGAAGUGACAAAAAGAAGGCAGUCUGAUUUAAAAAGUAAACAGGAAAAAAGGGCUCUGUUGACAAGUGAAAGGGCGAAUAAAAGGAGCAGAAGAUGGCAGUCUAAAGACACCAAGACAAACAUACCUUAUCGUCCUGCUGAUUUGUGCACCGGUCAUACAGCAAAGGGAGAUCAUUGUUACAGUCAUCCUCUAACAGAAACUGAUCUAGACUACUACACUGGCAAUGAACGUGACAUGGAACAAGAGGAAAUGGAAACCGAGAACAACUACACUUGUCCUCUAGGAGAGUCUGAUCUAGACUCAGACGAAGUCCCAGAUUCAGGAAACACUGGCAAUCAGAUUGACUUGCAAAGCACAAAAAGUUGUUCUCUGAGCUCGGACAUUUCUAGAGAAUCAAAUUCAAAUUGUUCGGGUAUUUGUGCACCUACCCUCACUACCAUUGACAUCUCAUCUACUUUAUCAACUGUAAACUCAAAUGUGAACCCACCAUUUGUAAGUCCACCUGAUGAAAGAGUGCUCUGUGGAGAUGAAGAGCAAACACAGAAUCCAAGAAAGUCACCAAACGAAUGUGACAUGGAACAAGAAAAAAGGGGAACAGAGAACAACUACACUUGCCCUUUAGGAGAGUUUGAUCUAGACUCAGAUACUGGCAAUGAAUUUGACAUGGAACAAAAGAAAAUGGAAACAGAGAAAAACAUGUGGAAGUUGCGUGCUAACCGUGUAAAACAAAUCCUCUCUUCAUCAGAGUUCGGUCCAUUCGACAAGUCCAAGAGAUUUGGCCUUGAAUUCAAUGUUGGAUUUGGCCUGAAGCAAAACUUCAGUGUAGACUCUUUGCCAAAUCCAGUUCUGCUCGAAGUUGCAAAAUUUGCCUUAGCAAUGAAUUCAUCCCAACAAAAUUUCAUCAUGGAGAUUAUUGAGUACAACUUUGACAUCAGCCUGCAGAGUGAAUACCAGAGAAAUAGUUUCACAUGUGAAAUCAUGAAAAGAAUAAGACAACUGAAAAACUCUGAAGAUGCAGUUAAAUUCUCAAAAGAUAUCUUUGAACUACCUGAUCCCAUGUCAUCAAAAAAAAUGGCAAAUAUUAGUGUGGGCAGUGUCAAUUCUGAACUUGGAUACAACAUAUCGAGAGUGGAGGAGUGUGAUGUUGCUCCCGGGUGUCCUGCUCAUUCACAUGCUGAAACCAAAGAUCAUAUUCCAACCAACAGUAUGGAGGUGUAUCCCAUCUGCAAGGAAAUAGGUCUGAAGUUACAUGUAAACAAACAUCAACCAAACAAAAAACUGGAUAUCAGCAAACUGACCAAUGGAGCAAUGACUGAAGUGACAAACUUUGCAGAAACGUUGUGUGGGACAUGUGAGCAAAUCUGUCUUGACAUCCUGAGACACAACUUGCAUCUUGAUUUGCAAAGUGGAGAUUCUGAUCUUGCCAGAAGUAUUGUUGCCCGUAUUCCUGCUAUAGUGGAGCAAAGGAAUCUAGUGGCCAGUGUUAAAAACUUAAAGAAAAUAAUGCGUACAAGAAAAGACUCCUUAGUGAAGGUGAAACUGGAUUGCCAGAAUUACCAAAAUGUGGAUUCAUGUAGUGCUGCUUCUUCCCAGGCUGAAUUCAAAGACCAAGAUAUAGGGAAUUCCCCUGACACUAAACCUCAAAAUGAGCUCAAUUUAAAGCUGUGGAAAUUGCGAGCCAAUCAUAUUCAGCAAAUCCUCUCAAUACCUCAUGAAGAACAUUGCCCACUUUAUUCUUACUCCAGAUGCAAGAAAGUAGGCAUUGAUUUUAAUGUAGGAUCUGGAGUAAAACAAAAUCUUGAUCCCAAAUUACUGACCAAUGGCAUCAUGGUUGAAUUAAACACGUUUGCCACCCUACUGCUGUCAGCCCAGAAACAUUUCAUCACGGAGAUACUGGAGUAUAAUUUCCAUCUGGAUUUCAAAAACAAGCUAUAUCGCAAUGCCUUUGCACAGCAAACUUUAGACAAAGUUAAAGUUGAUGCACAUAAAAGAACUAGCAUUCGUCGAAUGAAAAUGCAGUUUGAACUCCCUGACAUGAGGUACCUACAAAAACCUACUUAUGAGAAAACUACAAAUUGCCCCAAAUGCUUUCAAGACAGAAACCAAGAGCUUCGUCAGGAUGACUCUGACCCUGGUCUCAUGCAUCAACCUCGUCCACAUACCAUAACUGACGCAGUCACUGCAGAUGCAAAGUGCACCGCACAAAAGCCUUCAAAAGAUCCGUUCUCUAACUUCUCAGCAAUAGAGGAAACGAUAAUGGACAGUUACCCUCGCUGCAAGAAAAUAGGUUUGAACCUGUGUGUGGACAAAGAGCGACCAAAAGAAAAGCUUGACACGCAUGCAUUGACAAGGGGGGCUAUGAUUGAUGUGGCUAGUUUCGCCAAAAAAUUGUGUGCAACAAAAAGUGCCAUCAUUCAUGCAGUCCUUGAACACAACUUCAACUUACGCAUGCAGAGGCGGGACAUUCGUAUUGCACAGCAGUUCCUCAGAGCGACGGCACUAAAGGAUGGCGGGCUGGCCUGGUUUAAUGAAAUUUUUGUUAUUCAGUCAUUUUCUCACAGACGACCUGGACAUGUAAGUACCGGUAAACUGAAACGGGCAGCUGCCAUGCAGAGAAGUGAAUGGAAGGAAGCUAUCAAAAAAAGAAAGCUGGCACUGCAAACAAAGAUGAAAAGAGCCACGCUGCCAAGUCAUAAUAUCAAUGACGUAAAAUCAAAUUCAAAUCGUCAAAAUAAAGGAAACAGCUUUCCCAUUUGCACUGAGAUGGGUUUGGAUCUAGAUGUGACAUCCAAACCAGAUGAAAGAAAAAUACUGGACUUAAAGCUAUUGACCAGAGGGGUGUGUGACAUGGAACAAGAGGAAAUGGAAACCGAGAACAACUACACUUGUCCUCUAGGAGAGUCUGAUCUAGACUCAGACGAAGUCCCAGAUUCAGGAAACACUGGCAAUCAGAUUGACUUGCAAAGCACAAAAAGUUGUUCUCUGAGCUCGGACAUUUCUAGAGAAUCAAAUUCAAAUUGUUUGGGUAUUUGUGCACCUACCCUCACCACCACUGACAUCUCAUCUACUUUAUCAACUGUAAACUCAAAUGUGAACCUACCAUUUGUAAGUCCACCUGAUGAAAGAGGGCUCUGUGGAGAUGAAGAGCAAACACAGACUCCAAGAAAGUCACCAAACAAAUGUGACAUUGAACAAGAAAAAAGGGGAACAGAGAACAACUACACUUGCCCUUUAGGAGAGUCUGAUCUAGACUCAGAUACUGGCAAUGAAUUUGACGUGGAACAAGAGAAAAUGGAAACGGAGAAAAACAUGUGGAAGUUGCGUGCUAACCGUGUAAAACAAAUCCUCUCUUCAUCAGAGUUCGGUCCAUUCAACAAGUCCAAGAAAGUUGGCCUCGAAUUCAAUGUUGGAUUUGGCCUGAAGCAAAACUUCAGUGUAGACUCUUUGCCAAAUUCUGUUCUGCUCGAAGUUGCUAAAUUUGCCUUAGCAAUGAAUUCAUCCCAACAAAAUUUCAUCAUGGAGAUUCUUGAGUACAACUUUGACAUCAGCCUGCAGAGUGAAUGCCAGAGAAAUAGUUUCACAUGUGAAAUCAUGAAAAGAAUAAGACAACUGAAAAACUCUGAAGAUGCAGUUAAAUUCUCAAAAGAUAUCUUUAAAUUCCCUGGUCGCAUGCAAUUAAUAAAUAUGGAAAAUCAGAGAUUAAAGGAGUGUGACGUUGCUCCCGGGUGUCCUGCUCAUUCACAUGCUGAAACCAAAGAUCAUAUUCCAACCAACAGUGUGGAGGUGUAUCCCAUCUGCAAGGAAAUAGGUCUGAAGUUACAUGUAAACAAACAUCAACCAAACAAAAAACUGGAUAUCAGCAAAUUGACCAAUGGAGCAGUGACUGAAGUGACAAACUUUGCAGAAACGUUGUGUGGAACAUUUGAUCAGAUUUGUCUUGACAUCCUCAGACACAACUUGGAUGUUGAUUUGCAAAGUGGAGAUUCUGAUCUUACCAGAAGUAUUGUUGCCCAAAUUCCUGCUAUAGUGGACCAAAGGAAUCUAGUGGCCAGUGUUAGAGCCUUAAAUAAAAUAAUGGGCACAAGAAAAUUACCCUCAACGAAGGUGAAACUGGAUUGCCAGAAUUACCAAAAUGUGGAUGCAUGUAGUGCUGCUUCUUCCCAGGCUGAAUUCAAAGACCAAGAUGUAGGGAAUUCCCCUGAUACUAAACCUCAAAAUGAGCUCAAUUUAAAGCUGUGGAAAUUGCGAGCCAAUCAUAUUCAGCAAAUCCUCUCAAUACCUCAUGAAGAACAUUGCCCACUUUAUUCUUACUCAAGAUGCAAGAAAGUAGGCAUUGAUUUUAAUGUAGGAUCUGGAGUAAAACAAAAUCUUGAUCCCAAAUUACUGACCAAUGGCAUCAUGGUUGAAUUAAACACGUUUGCCACAGCACUGCUGUCAGCCCAGAAACAUUUCAUCACGGAGAUACUGGAGUAUAAUUUCCAUCUGGAUUUAAAAACUGAGCUGUUUCGCCGUGCCUUUGCACAGCAAACUAUGGAAAAAAUUAGAAAGAUUGCGCUUAAAAAAUACAGCAUUCCUCGAAUGAAAAUGCAGUUUGAACUCCCUGACAUGAGGUACCAACAAGAAUCUAUUUAUGAGAAAAAUACAUAUUGCCCCAAAUGCUUUCAAGACAGAAACCAAGAGCUUCGACAGGAUGAAUCUGACCCUGGUCUCAUGCAUCAACCUCGUCCACAUACCAUAACUGACGCAGUCACUGCAGAUGCAAAGUGCACCACACAAAAGCCUUCAAAAGAUCCGUUCUCUAACUUCUCAGCAAUAGAGGAAACGAUAAUGGAUAGUUACCCUCGCUGCAAGAAAAUAGGUUUGAACCUGUGUGUGGACAAAGAUCGACCAAAAGAAAAGCUUGACACACAUGUAUUGACAAGUGGGGCUAUGAUUGAAGUGGCUAGUUUCGCCAAAAGAUUGUGUGCAACAAAAAAUUGCAUCAUUCAUGCAGUCCUUGAACACAACUUCAACUUAGGCAUUCAGAUGUCAGACGUUAAUAUUGCACAUCUGUUCCACAGAGCGACUGCACUAAAUGACGGCGGGCUGGCCUGGUUUAAUGAAGUUUUAGUUAUUCAACAGUCUUCUCACAGACAACCUGGACAUGAAAGUAAACUGAAACAGGCAGCUACCAUGCAAAGAAGUGAAUGGAAGGAAGCUAUCAAAAAAAGAAAGCUGGCACUGCAAACAAAGAUAAAAAGAGCCACAUUGCCAAGUCCUAAUAUAAGUAUCGUAAAAAGAUCAAAGACAAAUGCUCAGAGUCAAAUACCGUUUAACUGUUAUCCUAUUUGCACGGAGAUAGGUUUGGAUCUAGACGUGACCUCAAAAUCAGGAGAGAAAGAAAAACUGGACUUGAAGCUAUUGACCAGGGCUGCAGUGUAUGAGAUACAUAAAUUUGCAAUUAAGAAAACAGGACACUAUUUGCCAAACACUGUGUACAACAUCCUUGACUAUAACUUUGAUCUUAGCUCACAACAUCACAGGCGCUGGGAAUUUUCCAUAGCAACUUCAUCCAAAAUCCAAACCAUGGUCAAGCAAUAUCGUAAAAAUCGAAACAGACCAGACGAGGUCUUCAACUUACCAUUUGUGUUUGCAUCCGAGGCUUCACAAAGGUUUGUAGAGAAGAGACUAUUUGAGAAACGGAAAAAGUAUUCCCGGGAAGAACCAUACAAGAAAAAGGCUGAGGGAAGGUUUGUGCGCCAAGUGAGAUACCAUUCAGGUGUCAAUCGCAUCCAUUUUCGUGGCGCUUUGUCCCACGAUCUGUUGGAUCCUGGGACAUUAGAGCAGAUGAAUGGGAGUCUUGGAAGUGGAGGUCCUCUCCAGAGAAUCCUACAGAUUAAAGAGGAGAACGACGAUCCACAUUAUGGCAAUAUGAAACAAGAACCGGACACUGAGGAAAAAUACCGUCCACAUUCUGAGGAUGUCAAAACUGAUCCUGGCACGAUAGUGCAGAUAAAUGGCAAUCUAGUGAGUGUUGGCUGUGGCAGUCCUCUCCAGAGAAACCUACAGAUUAAAGAGGAGGAGAAUCAUCCACAUCAUGGCUAUGUGAAACCAGAACCGGACACUGAGGAAAAAUACCGUCCACAUUCUGAGGAUUUCAAAACCGAAUCAAACGCUGAGGAUGUCGAGCAUUUAGUCCCAGGUGAACCUACAGGACCCCUUGCAUAUACUUUAUUAACUUUAUGGCCGAACUCUGAAAGUCAGAAAACCGUAUCAGAACACGAGACUGUGAGUCAAAUAAAAACCGAAUGGGACACUGAGGGUGUGAAGUAUUUAGUCCCCGUUGAAGCAGUAGGGUCACAGGAAUACUACAUGGUAACCAUAGGUCAGGGCAAUGAGAGCACAUUGAUAAAAGAAGAGCAAGAAAAUGUGUCCGCUGACUCGCACCAUUAUGGAGUUCACAGAAAAUGAACUGGACAUCUAAGAGGAAUGAGUUCCUAAUGUUCUAAAUUAUAGUUGACACAAGAGACAGGUGUGUCUUACACUAAACCAAUGCUAUAAGCUGCCUUCAUUGCUAUGAAAAUGUAUUCCAUGUUGAGGGAGAAUGUAGAUGAUAAUUUCAAUGCUGCAGAAAUGUAUAUAACACAGUUAAACUCUUACUCAAGAAAUGGAUGCCCAAAAAGAUAAUAGAUUUGACUAAAAUGUUUCAGUGCAAAUGGCUGUCUAUGUAAUGCCUUGAAGCUGUGAAGCUUGGUUCAAAACAAGACCUACCACAGUUGGAAAAUGUUUAAACUAAGGUUUCCUUUUCUUAAGUGGUCAGCUUUUGGUCAUUUCUUAAGUUUGUAAAAAUCUUUUGACACUAACCUUUACUUUGUGGAUAGCAGGUUUUUGUACUAUAGCUAUAUAGUCAUCUGAGGCAUUAUGGUCUGUUUUUCAAAGUGCUUGUUCUCCUGUCAAAUAUUUUUCACUUUUUAUUUUUCAUUAGUACCUUUUUAUGAUUCAUCAUUCAUUUUUGUUUUGUUUAUUAAUAACACUUUUGUAUAUUACAAAAACUGUUACUUUCUUGAAGCUGUAAAGUAAAAGAGUGCAUCAGUAAUUUUGUUCAUUUUUGUAUAAUACAGAUAUACACUAUAGAAAGGAAAAUGACCUGGAUCUUGAUGACUAGUGUAUUUCUCAUUGCCAUUUGAGUACAAUAUGUUUAUAUAAAAUUGUGAAAGCACCCUU